UACCGGUAAGUGCGUAUAGACUCGAGCGCGCUACCCCUUGGAGGUGACUGAGACAGAGAUCCGCCAUUCCUCCACAGCGACAGAGAGUCCGACGAGAUGGCUUCAAGUUCCGAAGAUGUCCUGCCAACCUUCGAGUUAAAUGACUCUCAGACAUCAAAGCUCAUUAAAAAAUCCAAGGAGUCUCCCUUUGUGCCAAUAGGGUUCGCUGGCCUCUUGGCGGUUGUGGGCUAUGGAUUGUACAAACUGAGAUCCCGAGGGGACACCAAAAUGUCCGUCCACCUUAUUCACAUGCGUGUGGGGGCCCAGGGCUUCGUAGUUGGAGCAAUGACUUGUGGUGUACUGUACUCCAUGUACAAGGAUUACCUGGCAAAAAGCAAAGAUUAGAAGCGGAGCAUCUGUAAUCCCAUUUUUUUCACAGAACAAAGAUAUGGACCUCACAUUGGGGUGGCGUUUUUAUUUAAUUGUAUACAGCACCUUUAUCUGCAAGCGGACCCUGCAAUGCGUUGCAGACCGGUUCAGCAGCUAUGGGGUUAAUAGCGUUGGCUUAGGUAAAGGACACAUUUACUCCACUUCUGUGACAUUACAGCAUGAUAGAAAAUCUAUUUAUUUUUUUAAAAAUAUUAAACCUAUAACAAUCCGGUAUAUUUGGUGGGGUUUUUAUUACUGGCAGUGUGAGGCCAGCGUGGGCCGGUGCUGUGUUCAAUUGUUUUUUACGAUUCGCUUAUCCCUCAUACUGUAACGUCCCCUCAUCGCUCAGGAGUUCCCUCUUUGCCGGGCACGAUGUGAUCUUCAUCUUUCUCCAUUGAAGCCUCCUGAGCGUUGAAACCCAUUCUGGACAUCCCCUCUGUCUUGUUACAUUCCACUUCUGUGUUACCGUGUUUGCUGAAAGAAAGACUUCUCCACUGA